GCCCUGGGAAUGUGGCGCUCGCUGGCUCUGCUUCUCUGUGGAUUCUCAGCGCUGGUGCAGGUCUCAGUGCAGGGCCCCUACCAGAGGACUCUGCUGAAGAACCUGCUAAAGGACUACAACCGUAUGGAGCGGCCGGUGGCCAACGACUCGCUGCCACUGACCGUGUUCAUGUCCAUGAGCCUGGUGCAGAUCAUGGAUGUGGACGAGAAGAACCAGGUUCUGACUACCAACAUCUGGCUGAAUAUGAAAUGGUUUGAUCACUACCUCCAGUGGAACCAGACGGAGUAUCCAGGUGUGAAGAACCUGCGCUUCACCACCGACCAGGUGUGGACACCUGACAUCCUCCUCUACAACAGUGCUGAUGAUAAAUUCGACUCCACCUUCAAGACCAACGUGCUCUGCAACGCCAGCGGCUACUGUGAAUACCUUCCCCCAGGGAUCUUCAUGAGUACCUGUAAUGUGGACGUGCGCUGGUUCCCCUUUGACAUCCAGAAGUGUGAGUUGAAGUUCGGCUCGUGGACGUUUGACGGCUGGCUGCUGGACCUGCAGAUGACGGAGGCAGAUCUGUCUGGAUAUAUGCCCAACGGGGAGUGGGACCUUGUGGGCGUGCCGGGCACGCGGAGCGAGGUGUUCUACGACUGCUGCAAGGAGCCGUAUCCGGACGUGACGUUUGUGGUGACGAUACGGCGGCGGACGCUCUACUACGCCCUGAACCUGCUCAUCCCCUGCAUGCUGCUCUCCUCCAUGACCCUGCUCACCUUCCUGCUGCCCGCCGACUCCGGGGAGAAGAUCUCGCUCGGUAUCACGGUCCUUCUCUCCUUGACGGUGUUCAUGCUGCUGGUGGCAGAGAUCAUGCCAGCGACGUCAGACUCCAUCCCAUUAAUAGGGCAGUACUUUGCCAGUAUAAUGAUCAUUGUUGGGAUGUCAGUCAUCGCCACGGUGGUAGUGCUGCAGUAUCACCACCACGACCCCAGCGGAGGGAACAUGCCCAAGUGGAUGCAGCUGGUGCUGCUACAGUGGGUGGCGUGGUUCCUGCGCAUGAAGCGUCCCGGCGAGGGUGAGGAUGCCGAGCGCCCCCCCUGCGCCCCCCACCUGCGCCGCUGCUCCUCGGGCUCGCAGAGCGGCUCUCUGCCCAACGCCGUGCCCAGCUCCUCGGCCACCACCGACCUGCACCACCACCACCCGCACAACCACAACCACCACCACCACCACUCUCCCCACCCGCUGCUGCCCUUGCACCCCCAGAACCUGCUGGUCGGGGCCCCUCCGCACCUCCACGCCCAGAGCAGCACCAACAACAACGCCGGCCUCCUCUACAUCGGCUUCCCCAGCCUGGACGACCCGGCCUCCUCCCCGCCGCUGGACCCCCUGGCCCGGGGCGGGUUGCCCACGACGGGGCCCCGGAGCGUGGUGGCGCCCGGCGGCGGCAACAACACGGCCACCAGCCCGCCGCCGCACCUGCCCUCGCAGUUCUGCAGCCCGCCUCCUCCGGCGCCCAGCCUGGAGACGCCCGGGUGCGCCAGCAGCGCGUCCAGCAGCGGGGUGGGUGGCGGCGGAGGGGCGGGGGGAGGAGGGUGCUCCUGCUCGGGGGCCAGCGGGGCCGGCGGCGACCCCCAGCUGCAGGCCAUCCUGGAGGAGGUGCGCUACCUGGCCGACCACUACCGCAACCAGGAGGAGACGGAGAGCAUGGCCGACCAGUGGAAGUUUGCGGCGGCCGUCAUCGACCGGCUCUGCCUGGUGGCCUUCAGCGUCUUCAACAUCAUCUGCACCAUCUCCAUCCUCAUGUCGGCGCCCAACUUUGUGGAGGCCGUGUCCAAGGACUUCAUCUGA